AUGUUUGCGGAAGCCGAUAGUAUUCCUAGAGCAAAAUAUGGCAAUAUGAUGCAUUCUGAUCCGAAUCUCUCCUCCACAACGACUCACCAAACAGAGGAAGAGUAUGGCGUACGCAAUAGCAGUGCAUCAGCGGUUGGUACAGGCAUGUAUGAUAGAAUGAGCUGUGAAGGUUCUCCAAUGAUGAUGUCUCCUUGGAACCAAGCAAAUCCAUUUGCUCAAACCCAAUGGUCUAAUGUUGAAGAAAAUCUACCUCAGAAUGGCCUUAUUGGCUCGCUUGUUCGCGAAGAAGGCCAUAUUUAUUCUUUGGCGGCCACAAAAGAUCUUCUUUACACUGGUUCCGAUAGCAAGAACAUACGUGUUUGGAAGAAUCUAAAGGAGUUUAGUGCAUUUAAAUGCAACAGUGGGUUGGUAAAGGCCAUUGUGAUUUCUGGGGAAAAAAUUUUCACAGGUCACCAGGACGGUAAAAUUCGCGUUUGGAAAGUAUCUCCUAAGAACCAAAGCUUGCACAAACGCUCUGGAACACUACCUACUUUGAAAGAUAUUUUCAAGGCCUCUCUCAAACCCAGAAACUAUGUUGAGGUGAAAAAGAACCGCACCGCACUUUGGAUCAAGCAUGCCGAUGCUAUAUCUUGUCUGAGCCUAAAUGACGAACAAGGGUUGUUGUAUUCUGCGUCAUGGGAUCGAACCAUUAAGGUCUGGAGGAUUUCUGAUUCAAAAUGUCUAGAAUCAAUCCCAGCUCACGAUGAUGCUGUAAAUUCAGUGGUUUCAACAACCGAAGCAAUUGUUUUCUCUGGAUCAGCAGAUGGAACAGUAAAAGCAUGGAAGCGUGAACAAAAAGGAAAAUACACAAAACACACGCUCAUGCAAACAUUAACAAAGCAAGAAAGUGCAGUCACUGCUUUGGCUGUAAGUAAGAAUGGUGCUGCUGUGUACUUUGGUUCGAGUGAUGGGUUGGUGAAUUUUUGGGAGAGAGAGAAGCAAUUGAACUACGGUGGUGUUUUAAAGGGACACAAGCUUGCUGUUCUUUGCCUCGAAGUUGCCGGCAGUCUUGUCUUUAGUGGAUCUGCUGAUAAGACCAUAUGUGUGUGGAAGAGAGAUGCAAAUAUUCAUACAUGUCUUUCUGUACUAACUGGUCACACAGGUCCGGUAAAAUGUUUGGCAGUAGAAGCAGAUCGUGAAGUGUCAGAAAAUAAGGACAAAAAAUGGAUUGUAUAUAGUGGAAGUCUGGAUAAGUCGGUAAAAGUCUGGGGAGUUUCAGAAUCUUUCAUUGACAUGAACCAAAUCGGUAUGAUGCACCAGCAACAGCAACAACAUGUAAUAUCGCAUUCAGAGCCUUUUAUGUCUGAGGGUAGUGUCUCUUCGUCCACUGGUGGAGCCAGCAGUCAUCGGAGACAUUAA